AUGAAUAACACUGACCACCCAAUGAAUUCUUUAAAACUAAAUUAUGAUGGCGAUCAUAUUAACCAUUUUCAUCAAUACAAUAAUGAAGAGCAUAUAAACUCUAUAUUUGAGUUACAACUAGAUCUUGAUGAUGAAGAUGAUGAGGAUGACGAUGAUUAUAGAGAAGAAGAUGAUUUUGAUUCAGAAAAUGAUGAUGAUGAGGUAGAAGACGAGUAUGAUGAUGAAUAUGGCAAGAGCUGUGCGUAUGAUGUAGAAGAGUACUAUAAAGAUGGGCAGAUUAUAGAGGAUAUAAAUUAUCCGUAUCCCUUUCAACAAAAUUCUAACCUAUUCUCACAAGAUCAAAAGUUACAACAGCAAAAACAAGAAAAAAAAAUGAACCCAAACAUGGAGCAACCUUAUCAAAAUGAAAACAUGAAUAGCCAUCAAGAGCAACAAAACGUGGAAAUAGGCACGGAAUAUUUGUUACCAGAACCAUUUUCACUUGUGUUAAAAGAUGGCGAGACAGCAGCUACUUUAUAUCCACUUUAUCCAGCUAUACCAGAAUUAUUACCGCAGGGGCUUUUAUUUUUUUUAUUAGAAGAAUUCAAUAUGGAAAUUGAGAAGGGUGAUACUUUACCUUUUUAUGAACCCUUAACUUAUCAGGAAUUUAUAGAUUAUUGGUUUGUCAAUAAACAUCGAAAAUAUAAUAAUAAUACUGAAUUAGAUAUAAAUACUGAAAAUACCGGUGGGGACAAUAAUAAUGACAUUGCGAAUACUAAUACCGUUGAUGAUAAUAAUAAUAAUAAUAAUAAUAAUAAUAAUAUAACACAUACUUUAAGUGGCAAACAACUAAAUAACAAAAGAUCAAUUGAUUUUCUAAAAGAUGAUGAUGAUGAGUUUAACCCCCAAGAUGGAUUAGUUUGUGUUAUGGUAUUGGGAGAAAUACCAGAAUUGGAUCUAACUGCAUUUAAACACUCUAAAAAACGGAAGGUAAAUAAUUUGAAAAACAGCAAAUUAAAUUCUAUUCAAUGGGAAAAAAAAUGCUUAGGAGCAUUUUACAUCAAACCAGCAUAUCCCGGUAGAUCGUCUCACAUUUGUUCCUCAACAUUUUUAGUCAACGCUGGUAUCAGAGGCAAGGGGAUUGGCAAGAUUAUGGUUGAAAAAUAUUUGGAAUGGAGUACAUUGUUGGGUUUUACAUUGACUAUUUUCCCCCUCGUAUAUGAGAACAACGUGGGCAUCAGAAGAAUCUUUGAAUCUUUAGAUUUCAAACGGUUGGGGAAAUUGCCAGCAAGCGGUGUAUUGAAGGGCUUUGACGAUCCAGUGGCUAGUUAUUUUUAUUAUCAAGAAUUAAACCAUUCAGGGAUAGCAAAUAAUCAAGAAACUGAUAUCGAUGCUGCAGCUUCUACGAAUGCAGUAGCCACAAAUACUUUUGCAACAAAAGAUAAGCGUGACGAUAAUAAGUUAAGAGAGCCUAUUAGGCGGUACAAUAAAAUUAUUGAUUCAGAAGGAAAUAUAGUAAAAUAUUUAAGAUUAAGACACUUUUUCCGAACCAAUACUUAUCCAGAUUCGGCGGAUAGAGCUGAAAAAGCCAAUUUAAGGUCGUCAAGAUUACGUUAUAGAUAUGAUGAGAUCAACGAUAAACUAUUUUUGAAUGGUAAAGAAGUUAUUUACAAUAUUAAUGAGCAAUAUAAACAUGCUGAAAAACUGCAUAAUUUGAAUCAUUGUGGAAUAAACAAACUCUCUAAAGAAAUAAAUAAACAUUAUUUUUGGCCAAGAAUAAAAGAUACAAUUUUUAAAAUUGUAGAAAAUUGUGGGUACUGUAAAUCCCAAAAAAAAUUUUCCAACAAAAAAAGUUCUAAUAAUCAUAAAGAUUAUGGCUUAACAAUAAAACCGACACAUACUCCUAUUAAGGCACGAAUGGAAGAUGUAACAGGGAAAAAAAAUUUUACAGAAUUAUUAACAACUUUUCGUUCAAAUAAUCUAACCAAUAGAAUGAACCAAAGAGAUACUUACUUACAAGCGGCUUUGUCUUCCUUGAACAACAAAAUUUCUUCUAGAAUGGAUCAACAAAACAUUUCCAAGCAAUCUAAUAAAAAUGAAAAUUUUAAUAAUCCAAAGAAUCAGGACCCAGAUACUAAUAACUCUACUUCACAAAACUCUUUAAAAACAAUGAUCUUGGACAUUGUCACGAAUAAUGAUUCAGAUUCAGAUUAA